GUCCACUCCUCUAUAUCACACAAACGGCCGAACUCGCAAGUCUCUACUGUCUAGCCACGCCUACAACAGGUGGUUCUAAUCAGAAAACACUAUAUCAGACGUCUUAAAUAGGCGUUUUCCCACUAGAACACAGGCUGUUUAGUUCUUGUGGGAUGUAUUCGUGGUUGCAGUUUACACUCUUGCUGGUAGCAUGGCAGGCCCAUGCGGUGAAAUAUCAGCGGUUCUGCUACUUUGCCGGUUGGGCACGUUACCGUGCCGAUCCCGUGGCCUUCAACCCAGAAGACGUCGGUGUCAACCUGUGCACACACCUCUCAUACGCCUUCGCCGAAAUUGACACCUCCGGAACUAAAAUUAUCCCUGGAGAUCCCUCGGACGAUCCUGUCAUGUACAAUCGUUUUACGAGCUUGAAGAAACAGGACCCCAACCUGAAACUACUUCUGUCUAUUGGGGGUUGGAAAGGCAAGCUCAAAGAAUUCUCCGCUCUGGCAUCAACUGAUAGCAACAUCAACACCUUUGCAAGAAACGCCAUCACAUUCUUACGCAGCCGAAAUUUUGACGGCCUUGACUUAGAUUGGGAAUUUCCGGCAACCAGAGGAAGCCCCCCAAGUGACAAGCAACGCUUCACAAGGAUGAUUCAGCUAAUACGUCAAGCUUUCGAGGCCGAGGCAUCUCAGACGGGCAAGGACAGGCUCCUAUUAACUGCUGCCCUGGGCCCAAGUCCCUACCGGGUCAGCGUGUCGUACGAGGCGGUCAAAGUCGCCAGUCACCUGGAUCUCAUCAACCUGAUGACGUACGACAUGCAUGGGGGUUGGGAGGAGGUGCAGACGGCGGCUCACCACUCCGCCCUCUACGGCACGCCCACCGACAAGACUUAUAACGUCGACUACCUUGCCACGUACUGGGCACAGCUGGGCGUUCCCAAAGACAAGAUUCUCCUGGGGCUCCCCUUCUACAGUCGGACUUACACUCUGUCUGGAGGGAAUGUAACUGGGCCUGGCAAAGCAGGCAUCUACUCGGGAAAUAAUGGGACACUUGCGUACUAUGAGGUGUGCAAGAUCCUGCAGGACGGCGCCACUGGUCAGCGUAUCGACGCACAGAAGGUGCCCUUCCUGGUCAGCAAGAACCAGUGGGUUGGCUAUGAUGAUGAGAAGAGUCUGGCGGCGAAGGUGAAAUACGUCAUCGACAACGGUUUUGGCGGCGUGAUGGUGUGGGCCCUGGACAUGGACGACUUCAAGGGCAUCUGUGGCAAAGCUUUCCCUCUCAUGAACGCUGUGAAGAACGCAUUUGGAACUUUGAUUGGAUAACAAAUCGUCAUUCCUUCAUUUGGGUGACCCUGCGCUAACGUUGUUAUGUUUUGUGUGUGAAUAAAACCAAUAAAGCGAU